AUGGCAGCACAAAAAGUUCUUAUUAUUGCUUCGGCUCUCCUCGUCCAGAACGUCUACGGUCAGAACCCGUACUUAUCUAAUUUGGGGUACACAGGCGUCGAACUGGAUCUUGUGGCUGCAAGUAGCGGGUUGAGUGGCCUCGGUGGAUACUUGGGAAAUGGUGCUUAUAUUAAUAACGGGAUCGGUGUACCCAACUUUGGGGCUAACGGAGUUGGGUUAAAUAAUGCUGGACUGGUCGGUGCAGGUCUUGGCAGCGGUAUCGGUGUAACCAACGUUGGUAUUAAUGGACUUGGGUAUGGCAAUACUGGAGUGCUUUCCACAGGUCUUGGCAGCGACUUCGGUCUAACCAACUUUGGUGUUAACGGAAUUGGCCUUAACAAUGCUGGCCUGGUUACUGCAGGUCUUGGCAGUGAUAUUGGUUUAACCAACUUUGGUGUUAAUGGAUUCGGCCUGGGCAAUGCUGGCUUGGUUGCAGGAGGUCUUGGCAGCGAAAUAGGUCUAACCAACUUUGGUGUUAAUGGACUUGGCCUCGGCAAUGCUGGAUUGGUUUCAGCAGGUCUUGACAACAGUAUUGGUUUAAUUGGCAGUGGUGCUGGCGUUAUUGGAAAUGGGCUGAACGGCGUAAUCUUAAACGUUGGUGGUCUUAAUGUUGGUUCAAGUGGUCCUUUGCCCAUCAAAAACAUCUCACCCAUCGGUCCUAGCAAUCUCGCGGUAGCAUCAGAGAACGCAAUUAAUGGAAAUCUUUUAGUGAACGGUAUAUUGCCGUUUCUAAGCGCGGUGGCGUUUGAAGGAGCACUCCCUACAUCUGGCGCUGGUAUCGCCACUUGCGGCUGCGGCAAUGGCGAUGUUAACAUCAUCGAAAGCUUCCCAGGAAUCGUAACCGGCCCUACCUUGGGAAUCGGCUCCGGCAUCGGCGGCCUUUAUUAUUAG